CUCCUGCAACACAGGCAAUACAUCAUGUUCUCCUCUGAGCUCUGUCAAGGACUAUCUAUUUGAGAACUCUGUGUGUGUGUGUGUGUGUGUGUGUGUGCUUGUGAGAGCAGGGAUCUAGAAAGUGGGCAGAGAGAACUACCACACCCUGGGAGCAUUUGCCUCCACUGCAAGGAGCUACGCAGGCCUUUCCAUUCACCUCUCCCUGCCUCAUAUCCUCUACCUCACUACAUUCCUCUUUCAUUUCCUUCUACAUCUUUUUUCCUCUCGCUCCAUUUCCUUUUCCAUAAAACACACUUUCUCCUUGGUCUUCAUUCCAUCUCCUCUUCACGCCUCUUCUCCUUCCUGCUGGCUGGUUUCCCAGGAUGCCUUGUUCCAGGCCGCUUCGCUAGGCCCCAGCAGCAUGGGCGGAGCCUGGGUGGGGAGAGAGAGCACAGAUUGGACCCUUCCCCUCAGGACGGGCGUGCUGGCGGGUCACCUUCCCUCAUCUUCAGAUGGGCGAGGACGCUGAGAGCCCCAAAAUCAACCACACCUUCCUGCGAGACUAUGUCACUGAAGCUGAUGUCAUCUCUACAGUGGAGUUUAACCACACAGGGGACCUGCUGGCCACAGGAGAUAAAGGUGGCCGAGUGGUCAUCUUCCAGAGAGAGAUUGAGUCUAAAGGGGAGUCAGAGGAGACAGGGGAGACGGGGGACUCUGGGGAGUACAAUGUCUACAGCACAUUCCAGAGCCACGAGCCAGACUUUGACUACCUGAAGAGUCUGGAGAUUGAGGAGAAAAUCAACAAGAUCAAAUGGUUACCACAACAGAAUGCAGCACAUUUCCUCCUUUCCACAAAUGAUAAGACAGUUAAACUGUGGAAGGUGAGUGAGAGAGACAAGAGACCAGAAGGAUACAACCUGAAAGAUGAGGAGGGGCGGCUCAAGGAUGUCUCUACCAUCACCUCUCUGCAGGUGCCGGUGCUAAAACCUACCGAUCUGAUGGUAGAGGUUCGUCCCAGAAGAGUGUUUGCAAACGGACAUACGUACCACAUCAACUCCAUCUCAGUCAACAGUGAUGGUGAGACGUACCUGUCUGCUGAUGACCUCCGCAUCAAUAUGUGGCACCUGGGCAUCACAGACCGCAGUUUCAAUAUUGUGGACAUCAAACCAGUCAAUAUGGAAGAUCUGACAGAGGUGAUAACAGCAGCCGAGUUCCACCCUCAGCACUGCCACUUGUUUGUGUAUAGCAGCAGCAAGGGCACCCUACGGCUCUGUGACAUGAGAGCGUCCGCACUCUGUGACAGACAUACCAAAUCAUUUGAGGAGCCUGAGGAUCUAGGGAGCCGGUCCUUCUUCUCAGAGAUCAUAUCAUCUGUGUCGGAUGUCAAGUUCAGUCACAGUGGACGCUACCUGCUGACGAGAGACUACCUCACCGCCAAGGUGUGGGACCUGAACAUGGACAAAGGCCCUGUGGAGACAUACCAGGUCCAUGAAUACCUAAGGAGUAAACUAUGUUCCCUGUAUGAAAACGACUGCAUCUUUGACAAAUUCGAGUGUGUUUGGAACAGCACAGAUAGUGUGAUUAUGACAGGGGCGUACAACAGCUUCUUCCGAAUGUUUGACAGAGAGACGGGUCGAGGUGUAACCCUGGAGGCGUGGCGGGAAAGCAGUAAGCCUCGGGCUGUGCUACGGACCCGACGUGUCUACACCGGUGGUAAGCGUCGUCGUGGAGAUGUGGGCGUUAAUAGCCUAGACUUCACAAAGAAAAUCCUGCACAUGGCUUGGCACCCAUCUGAGAAUAUCAUUGCCAUAGCAGCCACCAACAAUUUGUACAUCUUCCAGGAUCGUGUCAACCCUGAGACGCAGGCACAGUGACAGUGAUGGGAAUAUGGGCAGCAGCAGACAGUGCUUUCCUCGAAUCUGAACAACAAACAGUGACUCAAAUUAUUUGGAGAUAAGGCACAGGGAGUGGACAGCCUUUAUGAGUAUUCUAAAGCAAGCUGUUUCACAACAUCCUGAGAUGAAACAUCUAUUUGUAUUGAUAAAAAGAUUGGACUAAUGACCAAAUGACAAGAGUUCAUUUUUUUCUGUCUCCAAGGAAGGUGUGUAACAUUUUGUUCCAUCACUGAGAUGAACUGAUGACUUUAGUGCCCAUCAAGACAUGUUUUGGUUCCACUCUCUUCCCACAUUUUGAAGAUGUUUGUGUAACUGCCCCACUGUAGAGGCAGUAAAAGAGGUGCAGGGACACCUCUCCAUCAGCAUUGACUCAGUGCAGCUGACCACACAGUGUUGCACUCCUCUGGUACCAUUUGACACAAAAAGGAUAUGUGUUAGGUAGCAACAAAAAAAGAACGCUAUACAAAACAUGAAGGCCUUGCGAUGAUUAGACUGUGGAUUCAAAAUGACUUGAAUGAAUCUAAACAUUUUCUCACAAGUGUAGAAUAUUAGGAGUGGUGUUAUUGUACAGCUUGUCACAGCAACAUCCCAAUCUUUUUUUUUUUUAAUCGGGAGAGAACAGCAGCUGAACCUCUCCUUUAGAGCAGUGCUCUUGGAGUCUGCUUGCACAAUUCACCCGUAUUCUUUCCCCGAUCCACUUUGCAAUAAUAACACUAACAAAAACACAGUGCGGCAGUAUUCCUGCUUUAAAACAUCAGCUUUUCUUCUACAGGUAACAUAAAGUAAAUGUAUACACUCUUUUUACUGUUAGUUGUAAAUAUUCUGUUCUUUUUGUUAAGAUGAUGCUGAUUUUGCUUCCAGAAGACUAAAAGGUAAAAGAUGUGCUAUGACUAGUACAUUACAAGCAGACCUGAGAUCUCACUUAUAGAAAGGCUGUGGAAUCGCACUAUUCCAAGUACACAUAAAGGGGCAUAUGCUUGUAGCAGUACAUUUGUAUAUACUGUAGGUAUUGCUGGCUCAAGAGAGGGGCAAAUUGUGCACAGAACAACACUUACUGUUUAGUUGUGUGUAUUAAUCCUGUAUUGGGUUUUGAUUGCUGAUCAAAGUCCUUUUCCUUGUCUAAAGUCUACAUAGUUACAAGGCAAAUUAUUGUAAUUGAGGGAGACAGCUGAUCAAAGUUGAAUUACUGCUGUGUUAAUUUAAAAUGAGCAAAGUGUUCAUUUUCUAAUGCACCAGAAUAUUUUAUAAUAGAAUAAAGGAUCUUAUAAUCAAAAGUUGGAAUCUAAGCACAUUGUUCAUAGCUACAUACAAUGUGUGAUGACUAAGGUUGUGUCCAGUGUGUCUGAAGGUCAGAGUAUCAUCAGUGCAAUAUCUCAUGUAUAGUACAUGUACAUUGCUGAAACAUCUGUACAGUGAAACAAUAAUGUCAGUUUAUCAUAUCACAGGUUCUUAAUGUCAUUUAUACUGUAUACCUCACAGUGCCACAUACUCCUCUGGGGUGUGACACUGAAAGCCUACCGUAGGAUGUACAGUGGUAAGGUAAUGUCUCCGUUGGACUGAAUUGUGUGACCUGGUUACAAUUUGAUUGUUUACAGUGCAGUGCUUUGUAUUCAAGUGACCUUGGCCCUGGUGGGAUUAUUCUAAGUGAUCUGGAUGUACACCCUUCCAGGUGGUGUAAAGGAAUCAGUGUAGAGGUGGAAAGUAUCGUGUCCCUUUGCACUUUUUCAAAAUCUGACAAUUAGUCUGUCUGAUGGAUCGAUGACAGUUCACUGUGGAAACCUCAAAGCCCAAGGAAAGAAGAAAACCUGUUGUAUUUGUUCCACUUGUCUGCACCACUUUUGGUUUAAAGAUCACAGCUCACAGACAUUUACUUUGCAGUCUGUGGGCUAGGGGUUUCUCUUGUAGACACCCCUUUUUUUUCGGUCUUUACGGUUCAUUAGUGUUGUUUAAUGCAGGCUCAGUGUAGCACUGAUUGGCUUAACAGCGUACACAAAUCCAUGAUGAUGACAACCCACAAGAAAAUAUCUUAGUGAUAGGCCACCUAAAGCAUUAUGUAAGUUCCCGUCCUCCAGUGGUGAGCUAUAGUUUAGAACAAGUCAAGUGUGAUCGCAUCAUAACCACGACCACAUAUAACCAGUGAGAGGACUUGUGUCCGGAGCACAGCAGUAGCAGCAUGCUGUCAUUACUCAAUGCUACUAGUGUGUAUAUCUAUCAUACUUUAAAAAGACAACUCUAACGAUACAAAAAACUGAAAGCAAAUGAGGUGAUUGAAAGGAAUGUGCAUUAAUAAAAUUCCA